GGGGGGGGGUUAAAAUGUUAUUUUCGAUCAAACAAUUUGAUCAGUUCUAUUGAAAAUUGAAAAGUUAUCCCGGCGACGGCGAGAUCAACAUUUUUCCGUUUGGUCCUGCGACGGUUUGCGUAACCCUCUUCUCCUUCAGAAUCAGAAUCUGUGGUACUCGCUUCCAACUCACUGAGUCGACUCACGACUUAAAAAAUGAAUGAAAUGAUCUCCGGAGUGGGUGAACCGGUGGUAACGGAUGCAACAAAGGGCGGCGGAUCCAAUGCCGCUCGAAUUGCGGAAGUGAAGGCGUGGCUGGCGGCUCAGUUCGAUGCCGCCGGGAAAGAAGUCCCUGAUUUCGAAUACACUCCGCGAAGCAUUGCUCAUUUGUACAAUCUGGCUACCGUCUCGCAGGCAAAGACUCAAGCUGCCAACAUUGUUGCCAACGAUUUUCGCCAGAAAGCCGCCGAAUACCGUUCUCAAGCUGCUCGAAUUAGAGAGAUAUUGGAGAACGUAGGAUUAGCGCAGGAGAGUUUGCCGUCAAAUGUGGUUGCAUCGGCGCAAGUUCUGGCAAACGUUGCUAAUUUGUUGAAUAUUCGAGACACCGAACUUAGUAGUUUUCUUGUAGCAAUGGGUGAUAUUUCUUUGAGAAAGACUGGGGUAGAUGAGAAGAGGGCUAAAGUGCACAAAGAGUCCAAAACUCUUCUUGAGUAUACUCGAAAAGCAAUAGCUAGGUUAACCUAUUUGAAAAGGACAUUAGCACAACUAGAAGAUGAUGUGGCUCCAUGUGAUGCUCAAAUGGAAAAUUGGAAGACGAACUUGGGUGUUAUGGCAUCAAAGGAGCGACAGUACAUGCAACAGUUUAACAACUAUAAGGCAUUACUGAAUCGUGUGGGCUACACACCUGAAAUUAAUCAUGGGGUGUUGGUUGAAAUGGCCGAACACAGGAAGGACUUAGAGAAGAAGACCAAACCCAUCUUAGAUACUUUGAGGAGCUACCAGGACCUACCUCCGGAUAAAGCUUUAGCUGCCUUAGCAAUUGAGGACAAGAAAAGGCAGUAUGCUGCUGCUGAAAAAUACCUGGAAGAUGUGUUGCAAUCAGCCCUUGCUACGUCAGAUUGAUUGGCUUACAAUAGAAUUUACUUUCUUCUGAACAACGUGCUGAUUUUUUAUUAGUGAACUUCUGGAAGGGUGAGUUUGCCCCGGUGAUCGAAACCAAAAGACAGUGUGAUGUUGCAGACAGCUAUUCAGAUUUAUGAGAUUCAAGUUGUAACGUGUUAUAGUAUUAAUUUGAAGUUGGUAUGUACGCUAUGUGUGCUUAUGCAUGCACGUUGUAAUGUUAUCGUCUUAAGCUCCUGCUCUUUCCCCUUUGUCAUCAACUUUUGCAAAUUGCUGUAAAAGUAUAUGUUCGAUAUGGUUAGCUCCUGUUGACUGUCUUUUUCCUAUUUAAGAUGUUGCUCUGCUCCCUUUCUGUC